ACUUGGAUUUACCUGGUACUUCUGAUAUCCCUUCGUCAGAAUCAUCCACAAGUUCGCAUCCUAUCCCUAAUAAUCCAGUCUUAUCAGAACAAAAUGCUAAAAUAAAAGCAUCUGAAAUAGAUAUACAGCCUUUGAUACAAGAAUUGCUUAUAGAAUCUUCAGAAGAAGAUUGUGUUAAG